AUGCAGACGAAAACGAGGAAAGGGACCCGGCCCCACGGAGAAGAGCGUUCAUUUCAUCCGUCUGCUCUGGAGAAUAAGACAAAGAAGCUCAAAGACGCUUUGCUCCAAGAUUUUCUGGCCUUCUUCAAAAAAGCCUUUGAGGGCGGGGGGACUCAGCUCAGUGCCAAGCUCGCCGCGCAGGCCUCGCGCGCAGCCCGUGUGGGUGUCGACCUCGAUCACGUGAUAAGCAAGCGCGGGACCCAAGCUGUGCCGUUUGCCCACCUCGGUCCACGGCAGCCCUCACCGCCGGUGGCCGUCGUGUCCCCAUCCGCCCCAAGCAUCUCAGAAUGCUAUAUUCGAUGGGCAAAGCCGCUCCGGGAUGAUUUCCCAGCGGGGCCGGGCCGACCCUGGGCCUUGCCCGAGCCUUCGCUGACCUUCCGGCUGCUCCGGGGUCAGGUUCUGUUGCUUACAUCUCCAAGAAGCCCAACCAACACAGAGGCAGCUGCCAUGGCAACAGUAGCGAGAUAUAUCCGGGGCCUACAUCCGAGUCGUGUCAGGGAGACAAGAGCUGGAGUUCACAAGGUGACGCCCCUCGCCCACCCUCUGCAAAGCCAGCGCCUGCUCCCCUCCUCAUCCACACUCCGUUCUUGGAAAGGGAAGCUCCCGCGGCAGCUCUGAGCUU